AAUUUCAUUGGUGACUUUCAGUAGUCAGAGUGGGAUGGAAAAGUAUUCUCAUCCUCGGUCUACGAGUCGAGGCAAAGUGCAUUUGUGAACGACAUUUUAAGAGAACGGAGUUUCAUUGAACUUCCUUACAUUUUAUGUCAUACGCGACGAAUUUCCACAUAUUCUCUGAAUUUAUAACCCAGUUCUGAUUCCCUCAAUAAUUACAACGUCGAAACUUUUGGUGAUUUCUGCUUAUUUCCAGCGAACUGGAAUUCACGAUGAUGUCGAAGUUUUUCCUACUCCUCUGCUUUACAACGCUUCACGUUUUGGUACCUAAUGUCGCCUUGCCUCAAAAGAAUGAUGAUACACAGAGUUCCAAAAGAAAUGUAUUAAAUGCGAUAAUACAGCGUGAUGCACCUGUGUUGGAGUCCUCAGUUAAUGGCGAGAAAAACAUACAAUCACAGGAACAUACAAAUCCUACUGAAACUCCCACAACUACAUUGCCACCAGAUAGUACAACUGUUCCUACCACAACAACUAGUACAACUGUUCCAACCACUACAACUAGUACAACUACUCCAACCACUACAACUAGUACGACUACUCCUACAACUACAACUAGUACAACUACUCCAACCACUACAAGUAGUACUACUUCGACCACUCCAACUAUUCCAACUACUACAGUUCAACCAGUGACUACUACACCAUUACCUCCUGAAAAUCCUGGCAAAUGGAUAGUAAAUGGAACAACUGAAGUAUGCAUUGUUGUACAAAUGUCAGCACGGUUCAAUGUUACUUAUCCAACGGGGAACAGAACGGUUUCCUAUAAAAUAUUUGAUAUGCCGAGUGACAAUAUAACUACAAGAGCAAGUGGAAACUGUGGCAAACUUGAGCAAGUGAUCACCUUGAUGUGGUCCUCUAAAAAUGAAAAUAAUGCUAAUAUGACACUACACUUUGUGAAAAACGAAAGUACAAACCAUUAUUCUCUUCACCAUUUGGAGGUCAUCUUACCAUCAACAGAUUUUCCAAACACAACAUUCAAUGGAUCCAUGGUUCUAGUACACGAAGCGUCUAAUUAUGUAGCUGAAUUAACAAAUUCCUAUAGAUGCUUAAAGGAGCAAAGGGUAAACUUAAAAUUGAAUGGUACUAAACAAGAACCUGGAUUUGUAACAUUAUCAGGGUUACAAUUCCAAGCAUUCAAAACUGAUAAAUCCACUACUUUUGGUUUAGCUAAGGAUUGCGCUUUCGACACACCUGACGUUGUACCGAUAGCAGUAGGUUGUAUACUCACAGGAUUAGUAACCCUAGUUUUACUCGCGUACUUGAUUGGACGCCGACGAAACCAAGCUCGUGGCUAUCUUAGCAUGUAAUUUUUCUAUUAUUUUUUAUUUCUCAUCAAUUAUGUCGAUAAUCUACGUUUAUGUACUGCAUGUUAAUACCAAACAGAUUAUGGUCUUUUUUUAAAUCUUAGAAGUUACUAUUUCAAAAAUAGUUUUGAUUAAAAUUUUGUUUCUAAUCAAAGGACUUUAAAUCAAGUAUGUAGCGACGAAAGUUUUCAUAGAAAUUGUUCUUCCUUUAGUUAAUUUACAUGUACAGGGAAUUUUGUAAUAAUAAUAUUUCAACAGAACAAAAGCAUUAUUGGUCAAUAUGCUUCGCUCGUUUCAAAUUGUAAUUAAUAUUAAAUAAUGUUUUUUUUAUGUAAUGUAAUUAGGUUGCUCGCAAAACGUGUUGAAAAAUAUUUUUAGAAAAUAAAAACUCUAAUUCGAAACUAUA